AUAACCCUGAAGAUGUUAUCCCUGGUUGGCGUUUUGUGUCUGGCGACAGUGAUUAUUGCUCAUCCAAGUGAGAGAGAAAAGCGAGCUGCAGGCUGUGAUUUUCAGGGCCAGAAUUAUGACGACGGCCAAGUAUUUACCAUAUCAUUAAGCGGCCCGUGCAUCAAAUACACGUGCAAUGCUGGUAGCGUCGGACCCACGACGAUUGAGUGUAAGGCUGACGAUGGGACGUGUGUUCCAUUUGGCACCAAGAAGACCAGCAUGUGUCGAGUUAGCGAGUGUGGACAAAACGCCAAAGGAUAUAUUGGCUUGUUCCCAAUUGCAGGUUCAAAUUAUGAAUGUCAAGACAAGGAUGCCAAUGUGGCUACCAUAAUGGGGACAAGGUUACGCAUGUCAUCAACUCGAAAGCCUACAGCUGCACAUGCACGAUAAAAGGCAACACUGUAGGUUACAGUGCAUGCUCUUGAUUGCCAUGAAGAAUUACAAGCCACAUGUCAUGCCACGGCAAAACAAGACAUGUUGAACGGUUCUAUAUGACAUUCAAAUAAAACAUAAACGAAAGCAACCCACAA